AUGCAGGAUUUUCAAUAGACUCUUGAUGAAAAUCAAAAUUUAGCAGAAGCUUUGUAAACUUAAUAAAAUAUUAAGCAAAUUGUAUAACUUAGAGAAGGUAUCAAAACAUAUUAAUUAGAAAUAAAGUAACAAGAAGAGAUUUUGAUGUAAAAUCAGCAAAUACUAAAAAAUGA